ACUGGGGCUUCGAGAGGUUUUUACGGCUUCCGGAGCAGUUGGGAGUUCAACAGCGAGUUUAGAAGAUGCCGCCUAAAGGAAAAAGUGGCUCUGGAAAAGGGGGGAAAGGGGGUGCAGCUUCUGGAAGUGACAGUGCUGAUAAGAAAGCUCAGGGCCCCAAAGGUGGUGGCAAUGCAGUAAAGGUCAGACACAUUUUGUGUGAAAAGCAUGGCAAAAUCAUGGAAGCCAUGGAAAAGUUGAAGUCUGGAAUGAGAUUCAAUGAAGUAGCCACACAGUACAGUGAAGAUAAAGCCAGGCAAGGGGGCGACUUGGGCUGGAUGAGCAGAGGGUCCAUGGUGGGACCCUUUCAAGAAGCAGCGUUUGCCUUGCCUGUGAGUGGGAUGGAUAAGCCUAUAUUUACGGACCCACCAGUUAAGACAAAAUUUGGAUACCAUAUUAUUAUGGUUGAAGGGAGAAAAUAAAAUCAUACAACUGAAUAAGUU